AGGACUCUCUACCACAGAAGUGAUGUCCUAGAGACGGUGGUGCUUGUCAACCCUUCAGAGGACACUGUUGUAUCAGAGAUCCAGUCUCUAGUCACAGACUCAGCAGGACACAAGCUUCUGGUCUUAAGUGGCCAGAGCUCAGAUCACGGUGGCCUUCUCCUUCAAACCGGGGUAUUCACCUACCAGAACAUUUCACACGUUUUUACUGAUCCUGGGGUCAGUGAAUUACUGGGCACAACAGCCCCCAAGCAGCGGGCUACACUCACUGUGUCCUGCCGCGGGGAGGUGGGCUGGACCUCCCUGGGACAGCAGCAGACCCUACAGGAGUUCCUGCAGUGUAAACUAAACCCUGAACCUGUUCUCCGCAAGAUGGAGGGCAUCACCGAGUUCACAGAGUACGUCUCUGAAACGGUCGAUGUGCCUUUGCCUUUUGACCUCCUGGAGCCACCCACCUCUGGGGGCUUCCUGAAACUGUCCAAGCCAUGCUGCUACAUCUUUCCUGGCGGACGAGGAGACUCUGCUCUCUUUGCUGUGAAUGGCUUCAACAUCUUAGUGGAUGGAGGCUCUGAACGAAAAUCCUGCUUCUGGAAACUUGUCCGUCACUUGGACCGCAUCGACUCAAUUCUACUGACGCACAUUGGCGCUGACAAUCUCCCAGGUAUCAAUGGGCUUCUUCAGAGGAAGAUAGCAGAACAGGAAGAGGAGCAGUCCCAAGGCUCCACCAACUACAGCGACUGGAUGAAGAACCUGAUCUCCCCUGAACUAGGCGUGGUCUUCUUCAAUGUACCAGAGAAGCUUCGUAUGCCAGAAUCUAAUCUCAAAGUAAAACGCAGCAUCGAAGAGGCAUCACUAACUCUACAGUACCUUAGCAAACUAGGAAUCAAACCUGAACCUCUCUGUCGAGUGGUGAGCAACACUAUUGAGCCCAUUACUCUGUUCCACAAAAUGGGUGUGGGCAGGUUAGACAUGUAUAUUCUAAACCCUGUUAAAGACAGUAAAGAGAUGCAGUUUCUAAUGCAGAAGUGGGCUGGUAACAGCAAGGCCAAAACUGGUAUUGUGCUGCCCAACGGGAAAGAGGGAGAAAUAUCUGUUCCCUACCUGACAUCGAUUACAGCCUUAGUCGUCUGGCUCCCUGCCAACCCUGCAGAAAAGAUUGUCCGAGUGCUGUUCCCUGGGAAUGCACCACAAAACAAGAUCCUGGAGGGGCUGGAGAAAUUAAAGCACCUUGACUUCUUGCGCUACCCUGUAGCCACACAAAAGGACAUUGCCUCAGGAGCUCCUCCCUCUGUUAUAAAACAAACCAAGUUAAAACAAAGAACAGACAGCAAGGAGAGUCUUAAAUCCUCCCCGAAAACCACGGCAAAGGUUACAAAGAAAGAAACUGAAGGACAAGAUGUUGUGUCAACAGCCACAGAGGUAAAGAGCGAGUCUGUGAAGGAAAUUAUAUCAGAGAAAAAAGAAGAGAAAAAGCCAACUAAAACUAUCAAAUCUAAAACUGAUGUUCCAGAAAAGAAGAAACUCUUGAAAGAAAAAUCCUUAAAAAAGCACUCUAAGGAAAGGGUGUCAAAAAUGGAUGAGAAAAAGGACAAGGAAAAGAAAGAGAUAAGGAAAAUAAAGAAAGAUGACUCAGCUAAAAAAGAUGAGAAGAAAGAUAGUAAAUCCAAAGAGGACAAAAAGAAGGACACAUCCAAACCUGAGCUGAGAAAAAUUACAAAGCCUGACCUAAAACCACUGACACCAGAAGUAAGAAAGACAUUACAUAAAGCUAAAGUUUCGACUAAAGCCAAAACUGGGAAAGUUAAAGCAGCAAAGUCUGAACCUGCUGAACCCAAACCGCAGGAGCUGAAACCUGCAACAAUCCAAGCUGAACCUAAAGAGAAUGGAGCUGCUGAGGGCCUGUCUGCUCCCUCCCCACCCGAAGACCUCACCAAGGAUUUCGAAGAACUGAAAAAAGCUGAGGUUGUACUUGUGUCAGCAGAACCACCAGAGAGUACUGAAGUUUCAUCUGAGCAAACAGCACAAGAGAAGCAGGAAGCACAAGAAAAUGUAUCUGAGAUUCCAGCUGGCACAAAGUCUCCUGAAAAGGAGGCAACAGCCCCAGAAGUGAAAGCUGAAAUUGAGGACAAAGACAAGGAAUUAACACAAGAAAGAGAAUUAGAGGAGGCUCAAAAGUUUGAGGAUGAGGGAGCAGCAUCUCAGGAUGAGGAAGAGGAAGAGGAGGAAGAAGAGGCCCCACCUGCCAAAAAGACAACAGAAGAGGAGGAGGAGGAUAUGGGAAUAGGGGAAGAGGAGGAUGAAUCCAAAUGGAAAGAGGCAAAGGAUGAUGGACUUGACAGGAAACAUGAGCUUGAAGAAAUGGAGAAAUCAGAAACUCUCUCAGCUAAGGUUGUGACAAGAGAGGAUCUGGAGAUGACUCCACCCAAGGAGGAGGAAGAGGAGGAGGAGGAGGCAGGAGAGAAAGCUGAACUGGAGGAGGUGGAAGAUUUAGAUGUCAUAGCAGAUGAAGAGAUCAAUGUGAAACCUGAAGAUGCGGUUGAAGAAGAAAUGGUCACAGAAAGCAAAAUUGCUGAAACCUCGACCACAGCUAAAUAUGAAGAAGAAGAGGAGGAAGGCUACUUGUCUCAUGUUGGAGGGGCCACAGCUCCCAUUACCUCGGUAGCUCAAGGGGCUGCUGCAGGUGAAGCCAUGUCCUACAUCCAAGAUGAAACCAUCCCUGGCUACUCUGAGACAGAGCAGACCAUCUCUGACGAGGAGAUUCAUGAAGAGGCAGAGGAGAGGAUACCACACCUCCAAUAUGAUGUAGGUGCCUACGACAUCUCUGUUCCAGAUCAGACUGAAUCAUUCGUAAACAUUCACGGCAUGAGGGAGAUGCAAGCUGCAGCUAUGAGUGAAAAAGGGUUUAUCCCAGCUGUGCAGGAACAAGUUUCUGUGUUCACAAACAUCAUGACCGCUCCUUUGGCCGAAGAGGAGCAUGUGUCCUCUGCGACGUCAAUCACAGAGUAUGACAAAAUGUCCUCCUUCCCUACUUCUAUUGCUGAAGAUCAAUCUGUGGCAUCUGUCACAGCACCUCAGGCUGAUGAACCACCCAAAACAUCGGAUCCCCUGUCAAGCCCGACUGAUGCUACACAAGGCAAAGAGCAGCCACUCUCUGCAGGAACUCUUUCACCACCUUCUUUGGAAGACGACAAACAACCCAGGUCUCCAUCUGAUGACGCACUGCCUCCUGCUGUAGAAUUGAAGGCGCUGGAUAAAGCUCAUGAUGCAGAGGAGGACGAUGAGGAAGAAGAUGAGGAGGAUGAAGAAGACCAAACUCCUAAUGUUGAUAUUUCACUUGAAAAACUCCAAGAGGGCUAUGCUUCAUCCCAAAUAUUACAGGAUAAAGAGAGAGACAUUGAAAAGCUAGCUGGCGCAGUGUCUCCUGUUUCAAAACCUACACAAGACAUCAAACCAGUCCACCUGCCAGUCGAAGAGGAAAAUAUAGAUGCAGUUUUACCGAAAGAUAUUUCAUCUGUUGUUCCUACCAGACCUUUUGGAUCGGACUCUGUGACCUCCGAGAGCGAGGAGCGUUGCUUCAGUCCCGAUGACAUAACUGUAAAAAUGGCCUCACCUCCACACUCUGGUCCAUCAAGUGCGGCUCCCUCUCCAAUCCGUCAGUCCCCAGUGGAAGACAAGAUAAAGGUUUUCCCUGGUUUGGAGUUGCAGAAGCCAGAAGAGCUCCUUGACAUAGCAAUUGAAGACAAAAAUAAAAAGGAAGCUGAAUCAGAAAAAGACACACAAAAAGCUGUUGACAAACAGAUGGUAGAUCAGCAUCAAGUAGAAGCUGCAACAUCCUUGGACAAAAUAUUUGACAAGGACCUUCAAAAGGUUCCGGAGAUAAAGGAGACAGAAAAAGACACAUCACCAGUGCAAAAAGAUGAAGGCAAACAGACAGAAACAAUCCCUGAUGUUGCUGCAUCUUUAACAGGCAGUCAGCCUCCAGUGUCAGAGAGAGACUCCUUCAUCUCAUUUGAACAACAUGAUAAAGAUGGUGGUGUUGGACUCAAAGACAAAGAAACUAAAGUGCCUGUUUCAGGUAAAUUGCCAGAGGGGGACAGUCAUUUCAUAGGUGAUGAUGAUGAUGGUGAUGAUGAUGAUGAUCACGAUGAUCACGAUGAUCACGAUGAUCAUGAUGAUCACGAUGAUAAAUCUGCAGUUAAAACCAUCAAGGUGGAGCAUGAGAAAGAAAAGGACGACACCUCCGAUGUCAAACAAUUCAAGGAUCAGGAGAAACACACAUCUAUCAUUAAAGAAGAUGUUUCCAUCACUAAGUCUUUAAUGGAUGAAAAAGCAGAGAGAGAGGCAGUAACGGCCGACACAUCUGAUAUUAAAAGUGUCAAAGAAGAGCAAACUGCAAAGGACACUGUCACCGUUGAUAGACCCAUUAAAGAUGAGCCUCGACAAGACCACAUUCCUGAAGUCAAAACUUGUAAAGCAGAAGAGAUAAAAAUAAUUGCUUCUGAGGCCGAACAAGUUAAAGAUGAGCAGAAGCAAAAAGAGGCAAAACAAGAUGAUGGUUUUGACUUUAAACCCAAAGGUGAGGUUAAGGAAACAGAUGUUCAGAAGGACGAUGUGUCUGAUAGUAAUAUUUUGAAAGAAGAAGGGAAGAAAGAGGCAGAUACAUUUGAUAUUAGCUCUAUAAAGGUUGAGGAAAAAGAGAUAGAAAAGGCCAAGGCCACAGAUAUGAAGGAGCAAGAGGCAAAGAGGGAUGAUAUGCCCAUUAUUGAGCCAAAAGAUGAGGAGAAGAAAAAAGAGACAGAAACAUCUGACAUCAAGUUGAUUGAAGAUAAGAAACAGGAGAAAGAGAAGGAAAAGAUCGAUUUUUCUGUCGCCAAGCCCUUUACAGAUGAGAAGAAGGAAAGCGAGAAAGAGUUGCAUGACAUCACUGUUACUAAACUCACCAAAGAAGAAAUUAUUGUUAAGGAUGGCACAUCUGCUGUUACCAUGAAAGAAGAAAAGGAGCAGGAGAUUUGUAAAGAUGCUAUCUCAACCGUUAGCCUCAUCAAGGUCCAGGAAAAGGAUGUGACAGUGAGUAAAGAUGAGAUUCUGGUUGCCAAGCCAACAACAGAGCAAGAAAAAGAGAAAGAGACAAGCAAAGAUGAUGUAGUUGAUACUGCCGCGAUAAAAGUUACCGAAGAAGAGGACAAAAAUAAAAUUUUAAGCAAGGAAGAUGUACCUGCUGGUAAACCAACACUUGGAGAGGAAAGUAAAGAUGAUGCUGCUCACAUCAAACUUAUCACUAUGGAGGAAGAGAAGUUAUGUAAAGCUGAUGAUGAUUUCUCUGCCACAUCAACAAAGGUAGAAGCAAAGGAAACAGUUGAAGAUGCUGUCAAACCAAUCAUAGGAGAAAAGGAGCAAGAGACGAGUAAAGAUAAAGAUGUCAUUGCUGUCAAACUCGCUACGAUGGAGGAAGAAGAUGUAAUAAUUUCCACUGUCAAAACAUCCGGGGACGAAACAAGCAAAAAGGCUGACAUUUGUGCUGGCAAAACAGCAGAGGAAGAAAAAGAGAAAGCAGUGGAUGAGGAGGAAACCUCUGAGCAAGGAGCAGUGACAAUUCAGAAACACACAUUACCAAUUGAGGAAGAAUUGUCUGAGAUCAAACCCUCCAUGGAGGAAGUGGGCAAAUACAGUGCUGGUGUAACACCCCCCAAAGAUGAGGAGAAGAAGACUGAGGUGAAAGAAGAUACAUCAGAUGCAAAGCUUAUCAAGGAAGACGUAAAAGAAACACCAAAAGAAGAAACCAAGGUGCAAGAAGAGGAAAUGGAAAAAGAGAAAGAAAAGAGCAGUUUAUCUGAUUUGGUAUCCAUUAAAGAGCAGAAGGAAAUGGAUAUUGAUGAUAAAAAAGAGGUGGACAAAAUUGACAUUCCUGACAAACAAAUAAUAACAGAGGCGGCUAAAGAGCAGGGUGACGUCUCUGACCACAAACCCAUUUUGGAGGAACUUAAGCAUAAGGAAUCUGAAAAGGACAUUGAGAAAGAGUCCGCUGAGCAGCCCGAGGAUGUGAAGGAGAAAGAGCCAUCUAAGGUUGAAACCAUCGAGGAGGAAAUGAAAGAUGCACUCAAACAGGACAGUCGUGAAGCAGAAUCCAGCAAACAGGAGACAGAACAGGAGAUGUAUACUUCAACAUUUAGUGCCAAAGAUGAGACAAAAGAAAAACAUGAUUAUCUUUUUGAGUCAGAACCGAAGAAGGAUGAUACAAAAGAGGUCGAUAAGACCUUGGAAGAUGAGAAGACAAAAAAGGAUGAUAUUUGUGACAUUAGUGAACAGCACAAAACUUUUGGUGCUGCAUCAAUAGAAAUGCAACAAGACCCUUCAGUAACCAAAUCAAGCGAAGACCUGAAACCAGUGUCAGAUUACAUUUAUGUGACUCCCCAUUACAUCCAGGAGGAGAAAAAGGAACAAGAUAAAGAAGCAGAGGUCAUUAUUAGUCAAGAAGAGAAGAUAGAAAAAGAAAAAGAUGACACGCAUGUUGCUGAACUGAGCAAAGAACAGAAAAUGGAAAAAGAGCAAGAGAAAGAUUAUAGCUAUGAGACUGAAGACAAUAAAGAUGAAAAGACCAGACCAGCAGAAGAAGAAAAGAUGAUUAAAGAAAAAUAUGUUGCUGACACAAAAAUGGAUGAGAUCACAGAAAAAGAAAAGUUUGACUCCCCUGAUGCAGAUCAGACCAAAGAGGAGAAAUGGGAGAGAGAGGAAUUACAGGAAAAAGACAAGGACAAAACCAUUAAACAACCUGCACAAACAGUAUCAGGAGACGCAGUGACAUCCAAGUCAGAUUUCAAGCCGGUGUUUGUGGUUCAGUCCUCUGAUGAAGACAGAGAAGACGAAGAGGAGGAAGACAUCUGUAUGGGAGGAGCUGGCUCUAGACCUUUGUCAGUGGAGCUAAUGAAAUCAGACCAUGACAUCUCCUCUGCAGAUCUGCCUUCAUACGAGACUGCACUGACAAGUGACCAAACUAAACCACGACCACCACAACAGAUAACAGUGAUCAUUCCUACUCUCACAAUGCAGGAGCCCUCUAUUGACGAAGACGUCAAAGAGUCUGACAAAGAAGAAUCCAGAUUUCUACCUGAGGCAGACAAAGAUGCUGUGAAAACAGACAUCACACCUGCGCCUCUCGCUAAGCCUGAGUCCUCGUUUGAUAGUGACACAAAGGAGGAGACGACCUUCAUUCCAAAACAAGAACCAGUUUCUCAUAUCCCAGCUGCUAAAGCAGAACCAGUGUUAGACUUGACCGAGAAAGACCCUACGUUGUCAACAGUAUCAAGCACAGACAGUCAAACCAGGAGCUGUACACUUUCGAGCACUGAGAGCCAGUCCAGUGUGGAGGAAAUACCUGAACGAGAGAAACAGAUUAAAUCUCAGUUGAGUCCGGGAGUUAAAGCUACAGAAAAGACAAAUCAACCUGAGAAACCAGGGAAGGAAGCAGAAAGGGAGAUGGAAGGAGAACGAGAGGUGGCUUCUCCAGGAUUUUCACGGCCUUGUGCAUAUUUUAUGUUGGACAAAGAGGAGGCUGAGGAUGCUGGACACACCGAUGCUGUAAAACUAGACACUGCAAAAGUGGAGAGUGGCCAAAAAAUAACCUCUGAGAAGGAGAUAGGCAGUGGGGGCCUACAAGAUGAAGAGCAAACCUUUGGUGCAUCCAAGUAUGAUCCAUAUGAAAAGCCCAUCCCAAAAGAUCAUGAUCUAGACUCUAGAGAAGAGAGUGAAGUUUCUUUAGGUUUUGAUCACACCUCAGAUAUUGACAUUGAUGAUAACAGAAGAACAAGCCAGGCAGAGGCGGGAGGAGCCAUGUUUCUCCUUGAUGAUCAGUACAAAGAAGAGCCUCUUUCAUUUAGCAGAGUUGACUACAGCCCGGUGUCCCUCACAGAGAGUGAAAGGAGCAGUCACCAUAGUCCAAGCACCUCCCCGAAAUAUGAAGACAGAGAGAAAGGCCAAGAGGAGGAGAGUGAGAGAGAGGAAAGACCAGAUACUCCUUAUGUUGACAAGAGCUUUUCAACCAUAGACCUACAGGACAACAAAAUGUCCCAAGCUGCUGAGUUUUAUUCUUUCACUCCAAAAGAGGACAAACCGGAGAAAUCUGAGAAAGAGAAAGAGGAAGGUGCUGCAGCAGCAAUUCAACCUGGGGCAACAGGAGGAAGUGCAGCUACAGCUGUUCAAUCGGCAGGCUUACCAUUAAGACAAGAAGUACCCUCUCAUUCAUUGAAGGAGUCAGAUCUUGGUACCCAAGCUUCAGCUCCUCCUGUAGCCUUUGGAGAAUUCACAGAGAGGGAAAAAUCCGCUGAGUCACUGAAAGUGAAAAUCAUGUCCUCUAAUCAUGAAAGAGAAGGCUCACCAUCCGGUCGGCACUCACCAGCAGAAAAAGACAUUUUACCUCAACUCUCACCUUUGGAGAGAAUGGAAACAUCCGCUGACUCAAGGGCUGCCCCUGCUACCACGUUUUUAGGACAUGGAAUAGACGAUAAUGUUCUUGCCUCUGAUAACAGUCAAAUUAGCAGCUCUGCCACUUGUAGAUCCACGUUAGACCUCUCUGAGGGAAAGGAGAGCCUGAUAGAUAAACGGCUACUUGUAGAGGGGGAAGAUUUUGAUGAUGAUGAUGAUGAUGAUGAAGAUGAAGAUGAGGAGGAAGAAGAAGAAGAGGAAGAGGAGUUAAGUGAUGUAGAUAUGGAAAAGGGUGCAAGAGAGCAGUCUGAAAAAGAAAUAUGCAGAUGCAGUCCUGAUGGUAGUGCCAAGUUAGCAGAAACAGAGGACUCAAAUAAAAAAUCUCAGUUGCCUGAAUCAAGCUCCCUUAAGGAGGAAACCAUGUGUAAACCAACACCUGAUGGUGCCUCAGCUUCCAAAGUCAUAGAGACAGACAAGCAGGAUGCAAGUGAAAAAACACCAUCUCCUGACACGAAACCAGUCAAAGAAGAGGAUAGAUCUGGUGAUACAGCUACAUCCAAACCUCCAGAGACAAAGAGUGAAGAUGCAGCCAAAACAUCUCCGUCACAGGGCCCCAGUGCUCAUAAAAUGGAUGAAAUCAGUUUUGCUACACCUGCUGCCCCAAAACUUACUGAAACAAAGAAAACAGAUGAUCCAGACAAAAAGCAUUUAUCCCCCGAACCAAUCACAAAGAGAAGGUUGUCAUCGUCAGAGGACAUAACCUUCUCUGAAGUACUCGAGUCUUCUCCAAGCUUUAUGUCAAAGGAAACUUGUCAAUCAAAGUCCACAAGCAGCUCGACAGGCAUCUCUUUGCAAACUGAUCAUUCAGAGCCCAAGCCUUCAUCUAGUCCCCCCCCUCCGCUAACAAGCAGUUAUGCUGAUAUCGGACAGAGCAGAUCUGGAGGUUAUUCUGAGCAUUUGCACAGUGAGCACAGUCAAGCAGUACAGAAAGACGAUAAGACACAAACACACAAGUUCUCAGAUGACUUGUGUGUAUCAAGAGACAUCCAAGAACAAAGUCCAGAUGAGAGGCAGACCUCAGAUAUCACCGCGAAACAUGAGGAAACUACCUCAUCAGCUUGCACAUACAGCACAUUAACAUAUUCUGCCACAACAUACUCUUCCACAUCUUAUAGUUACUCGUCCUCAGCCUCAACUGUUGCCCCUGUUGCCCCUGUUAGCAAACAGCUUGGAGACAAAGUGGAAACUUUCACUACAAUAUCGAGCUCUGAAGUACCUCUACUCAAAGAGGAGCCUUCCUUCACGAAAGCAUCUACAAGCUCCUGCUUUGGAGGAUUUCAGAGAGAUGAGUACAUGGAGGUGACAAUGAAACCUACAACAAAAGUGUCUUUACUCAGUCAGGUUGAAGAGACCACACCAUCGUCUCCAGUCCAGUCUGCCACUGCCAAACAGACUGAUGAUCAUAUCGACUCUGCAAAGCCUGAAAGUCAAGUCACUGAUAGUUUUUAUACGCUAGAAACAAAGAUUACAACAUCCACCACAGUACCAUCUCCACAGUGUGCUGAACCGGUGAAGAUGUCAGAGAGCUUAUCCACAUUAGAGGCUCGCUUUGACUGCUCUCCCCUCCAAAGGGCUGACUCCUCUGACAGGGGGUCCCAGGGGUCAGCAGACGAUGAGGAGCCUGAUACACUUGAAAUUGAGGACAGCACCCUACCAUGUCGUAUUGAAUGUCAAAAAAUCAAAGUGGCUGAGCAAAAAGAGACUUUUUCAUCAAUAACGGAGUCAAGCGUGGUAGAAAGCACCACACACUCCGCAGAGACUAAGACUGUCACAAUCACCUCUACAACUGUUGUGUCUAAACCUGAAGUGGUGUCGUCAACCCAUCAGACAGCCUCUGUAACUCUACUGAGUGAUAGUGGAGCCAGCAAAACCGCAUGUGCCAUAACAGAAGUGUUCAAGACAGAAAAGGAUAAAGAGAAAAGUGAGGAAAAAUCUGAGUCAAAAGAGGAAAAAAGAAAUGGAGCUAUUACAUUUGUGAAGGAGGAUGCCAAGGUUAGAGUAGGAGAAACAAGUGAUGGAGAUCCAAAGACUGAGCAGAAAAAAGAGGAAAAGAAAGUAGAAGUAAAGACAUCUAAAGACAGCACAGAAGAGAAGAAUGCUACAGCUGAUACAAAGAUGUGUGAAAAAGCAGAUGGUGGGGAGGAACGAGAGGCAGAAAGAGGAGAGGAGAGAAGCCUGUUGGAUAAACCACCAGAGAGAUUAGAAAUUAGAAGAAAGAGUAGUAUAUCUGAUUGGGAGCUACUACAGAAGCCUGAUGACUGCCCAAGUGCCCCUCCUCCAGGAUAUGGUGAUGAUGAUGAUGAUGAGGAAGAGGAGGUAAAGGAAGAGAUGGAAUGGAUGGCCAGUGCCCACAGUACCUCUAUAUCCUCUUCAAAGGAUUCUCAUUACACAGAACCAUCGAGUGAAGGAGCUAUUAAGACUGAUCGUCCCACAGACUUGAACACCGGUGCCACCUCCUUCUCUGCCUCCCCUCCAGGUUACUCCUCAUGUGAGUAUAAACAUCGCAAAGGAGAACUCUCUCCAUCGUUCAUCAACCCCAGUCCUCAUCAGCUCUCCAGUGACGAGGGCGAGGAGGACGGCUGCAGUGACCACUGCCAAGACGGGGACGAGGAUGAUCAAGAGCAGCACUCUGUGAAAAGGAGGUCGACCAAGCAGAGGCACCACCACACUCCGAGUUCCCAAGGAGACACUGGUCAGGGGGCAAAUCUUUCUGGGCCCAUGUCAUCUGGUUUGGCUGUGACGUUAGCUGGAGAGGAAACCCCUCCCACAUCAGCGAGCGAAUCGCUGUCAUCACAGUCGGACUCAGACGUCCCUCCAGAAACUGAGGAAUGUCCAUCCAUAACAGCUGAAGGAAAUCUGGACUCAGACGAAGAUGCUGAACAUCUGCCUGUGGACAAAUCAUCUGCAUCUGGAGCUGGAGGAAGUCACCAUCCUCCAUCACCACGAUCUGCUCAGAGGAGUCAUGAUCCCCUCCCCACUCCAAUGAAGGACCCUCUUCCUCAUCCUCCCCACCCAGAUGUGUGCAUGGUGGAUCCAGAGGCUCUUCUUAACGACCACAGCAGCACAGAGAAGCUUCUCAAGAAGGAGCACAAGACCACCAAGGGCCUCAGAAAGGGUAAACCCAAGUCAGCCUCUCCUGCUCGUAAGGGAGAAGUCAGGAAGAGGUCCUCUACUCCAGUGAAGCAGGCUAAGGACUCUGCGUCACCACGAUCAUCCUCCCUCAGGAGGAAGGACACAGAGCGAAGCUCCAGGCUGAUCAAGAUGUCUGAGAGUCAAGGCUCCAGGACCGAGGUCCACAAUCCAGGGAAAGGCUUGGUCAAUGGUGUCAAGAGCAGUUCAGUUAACAACUCACAGAAAACAAGUUCAGCCGUCCCCACUGGACCACCUGUCUAUGUUGAUCUGGCCUACGUGCCUAACCACUGCAGUGCAAAGAAUGUGGACCAGGAAUUCUUCAAGAGAGUUCGGGCUUCUUACUAUGUGGUGAGCGGGAACGACCCGGGCAGUGGAGAGCCAAGUCGUGGGGUCCUGGACGCCUUGCUGGAGGGCAAGGCUCAGUGGGGCUCCAAUUUACAGGUGACUCUGAUCCCAACCCACGACACGGAGGUGACCCGGGAGUGGUACCAGCAGACCCACGAGAGGCAGCAGGACCUGAACAUCAUGGUUCUGGCCUCCAGCAGCACCGUAGUCAUGCAGGACGAGUCCUUCCCCGCCUGCAAGAUUGAAUUCUGAGCUUCAUGAGCCCUGUUUGUUUGUUUUCGUCAGUGAGUUAAAUGCCUGCCCUAACACACGUCUCAAACUAGGACUAAGAGUUGUAGUAAAAAAGUUAAAUCAUCCAGGAAAUAGACAAACAUCAUCAUCAUCCUACAAAUAUAUUAAUAUUAAUUAUAAUCAAGAAAAUUCUAUGUUUCCCAUGUGGAAAAUCUCCUAUUAAAUGGCCAAAAAAAUGCCAAAACAUGAGUCCUUACUAAUUAACUUUACCAAAAUAUCUCCCAAAUAAUCUCAAACCAUCAAUAGUUGCUUUAGAUUAUACGCAGAGUGCACAGACAAAAAAUGUUCUCUUUGAUUUCCAUCUGUGCACAUGACAAAACUCAUCCGUUGCUCUUCUGCUCGCACUACACUAGUGUUUGGAUAAACUCAAUAACGACAAAAAUCAAUGUUAUGUUUCAAGAAAAGAAAGAAAAAAAACAAAAUGUUCCUUCUUGUCAUUUGUGCUGAAGUUUUAGAAGGUGUCUGAAGUUGCCACCCUUUGAAAUGUUUCUUCUCGGCUUUCACAGCUUCGCUGGUGCAUGAUGCUUGUGUUUUAGCUCGGAGUCUUUCAGAGACACAUGCUUAGGGUUAAUGUUUCAUUUAGCCAGUGCUCAAGCGUGGACUGCAGUAUAGCGUAGAUAGGCUUCUACACUGUUUGGCCAUCUAUGCUAAAGUGAAUCCAACAGGCGGAAGGCAAGAGGACAAUGUUUUUACACUAUUCAUAUCUCUGCUUCUUAUCAUGGUCUUUGUUGGUUGUAUGUACUCCAGUAUACAUAAUAUGAUAUAUACAUAAAUGUUUGUAUAUCAAUACAGAGGUUAUUUAUUUUGUGAUGAUGAAGCAAAUUAGGACCCUGAGGUGAAUGCAGGGUUUUGGAUCGUGCAUUUGAUAAAUUUUAAUGAAUAUUUCCUUCAUUUCCUCCUGUUCAACUACAUUUUCUUGUCCCUGUCAAAAUCACAAAGCGGUGGAAAAAACAAGCAGUGACCUGUGACAAAUGUAGCAAAGAAAGCUUGUCUGUUCAUCCCUUUGGAGGGAACAAUGCUAGGACCUGCAAUAUCUGUGUGUACUGUUGGUUUUAUUUUUCAGGAGAACAUCUGUGUUUAAUAUGUUACAGGGGGCUUCUUUGAUGUGCCUUUAGCUUGUGGUUUUGGAGGGAGCAAAAUAUUUCAAGGACAUUUGGAAGCAGACCAAGAAACCAGGGUAUAUCGAGUACAGGACUUUUAAACAGAGGACCAAUCAACUCAUAUAGUACAAAUACAAACAGUAUCCACACCAAGGAUAGUAAACCGUUGGCACUAUGUAAUCCAAUUCUUAACUCCACAUCCUGAAAUGCCAUUUUGGAAAAUUUCCAAAGCAACAUGAAUGUCGUCAAGCAAGGUAUUGCACCAAAUACGAGCGCACUUUUCUGAGGAGGGAGAGGAGGGUUUAGACUUCAAUGGUUUGUUUAAAGUUGAAGCACAGAGAGUUAGUGUAGCAGCAGAAGUUAACUUUUUACUGUCAUAUGACAUAAUGUACGAGUCGUUCCUCCAAACUGAGCUCGCUGCUCUUGAAGGACGACAUCUCUAAUACAAAGCGAUGACCUAAUAUUAAUCCCAGAGUAUUAUUUAUAGAACGAGCAUGAAUGUGAUAAUUAUGAUUGUACUGGAUAUGAAGUAGGAAUGCUGUAGAAGUAGUUCUGUACGUGUGAGAGCAUACGAUGCACACUGAGUAGCUGUUUUUAUAAACACAGCACGGUUCGUUUUCUGUAGGUUGUAUUGCGAGUGACUUUCUUCUGUGGGUUCAGUGUGAAAGGUCUUUCUGCUUGUUCACUGCCCAAUUAGCUCAUAUUCAAUUCACAUGAAUUUUUCAGAUUUACAUUUUAAAACAUCAAGCUCUGGUUUCAUUUUCUGAGGCUCGAGGAGGGGCCAGGCUGGGUGAAGCAGGGCAGGCUUGGAUUUCCAGACAGGACUUUGUUGGAGCUGUUGACGACAGCUCGUCAGGAUGUUGCCAACUAAAAGCAGAGAGGAUCCUCUGCUCGCACAGUUUAACUUCACCCGGUUCUCUGACUCAAAAAAUGGAAGAACUUUCUUGAGAAGGAUUGAGCAUCUUGUUAACUUGUACAAGCCUGCAUAGGAUCAGUGCCAAUUUCUUUUUGCCGUAAAACUCACAACACAAGCAUUACUUUUUUAUACCUCAUCUUCCAAAGCCUCUGUGCUUUGCUCUGCCUGGCCUGCACUUUUUCUUUCAAAUCAAAGAUAGAUCAUUUUUUCUUUUAGUAUAAUACUUCACAAUUAUGCACUUUGCAAGCCUUGAUAUGCAUCUCAUUCUUUGGGAUGUUUUAGAGGCUUCUUCAUUUUAGCUGUAGUUUAUACAGCUGGGUACUCACUCACACGUACAGACAUAUUUUACGGCACGGUCACACAUACACGAACGUAGGCAAACAUUGUGGGUCAAAGUAAACCAAAGCUGAUCUCCACGUGAAGCCACGCUGCGAAUUUGCUUCGCUAUAGGCAGCAAAAGUUUUAUUCACCACUGCUACAUUCACGUAUGAUUGACCGUGCCCUUAGUCUGGAGGGAGUUAAUUAGCGUAAGUGCACACGUGACGUGCACCCAGUGAAAGUUCAAAAUUACUCCCUGUUACUUAGAAACCCAAAUGUUUGUGAAACGAUCAAGCAAAAAGUCCUUUCCACCCUUUUAUUCGCUGCUGAAUGGAAACGUAUCCAAAAACAGGGAGAAGCUUUUGACGUAUGGGUCAGAUGUUGUGGAUGCUCUGAUGCGUCGUACUGUCUUUCAGUGAUGUUUUUAAGUUGGCAGAUUCCAAAUACUUGGUCUUGAGAUGCUCAACGCUGUGAAUCACUCAGUAAUGAAACUGUAAAACUAUACAGAAGCUGAAUGCACUAUACAGGAGAUAUAUUUUUCUGAAUGUAGAGUUGGUACUACCUUAUGAAUGCUGCUGGAUCAAAACAAUAGACAAAAAACUAAUAAAAACAAAAAAAUAUAAAUAAAAUACUCGCACCAACUUAGACAGAAAUCAAUUUAAAGGGAGCACAAAGGGGGGGUGGGGAGAUACUAUUUUCUGUUUUGGCAAAUUGUCAUCUCAGUAAUAGUUCUUCUCCGAAGUAGGAGAAAACGACAGAUUUUUCAACAGAGAUCCCAUAACAAACGUAUAUUAACAAUAACCAUGCAGCUGAAACUUUUCCCUUUCCUGAAUAUGACUUGAAAAACAUGCAGAUUCAAAAACUAUCAAUAAAAUCAAACAAAUUCUACAUGUACACUGAUGUACUGUGCAUGGAAGUGUACACAAGACGCUCUGGAAAGAACACGUGAAAGAUAUAACAACUAUCCAUCUUGUGAAACGUGUUCAUUUUAGCUGACUUUAGUGACAGUAUACAAUCAACACUGCUUACUGUUCUAUAAACCAAGGAAUAUAUUCAAAACGCUGACAAGAUACAGAAUGAAAAAAAAAUGUGCAUCUUUCUGUUCAAUGUCAUGAAGAUAUUAUUUGAUCACAAUACUGUAUCAUCCGUCCAUCUAAUCUUUCUGCAUGUGAUUUAUUUAGUUAUAAUCCUGAAUGUAAUUGUUUAACAUGGAAAUAAUAACAAAAAAUAUGAUGCUAUUUUAAAGAGGUAUAUUUGAAAAAAGCUAAUUGUCUUAACUGGUACUGAAAUGACUUACAGUAAUAUAAUACUGGGCUGUGCUUUCAUUGUUUGCCCUAUUAACAUGUUGCUAAGAAGACGCUGUAUUGGUAGUUCUGUUUUAUUCUCUCUAUCUCUCUCUCUUUUCUUUUUGCAUUGUAUUAAUCUUACUUCUGUUUUUCUUCCUCAGCGCAAUAUUCAAUAUCUCUCUGUCUCUUUAAAUCUAACUGGUUAAACUAGAACUACUGCAGAUUCAUUGUAAAAGGGAAACAGCCUGGUGAUCAUCAAUUAAAGUACAUUUAAAUCUGAA